GGGAAGGAGGAGGAGGAGGAGGUUUACCGCGAAGCUUAUAUUGCGAAAAAAUAUAUAUAUGUGAAAAUGAGAAUUGUACAGUUAAGAAGACAUCGUUUAUUUAAUAUUGUAAUUGGAGGGAUAUUGGUGUUAAUUAUUUUUUAUACAAUUGUUUCUUUCUUCUCUGACAAUCAAGUUCAUAAUAUUAAAGUAUAUUGGUCGGAACAACUAGCAACCAAACAGGCUCCAGGAUUAGUGGAAGAUUUAGGUAACUUUGAGCCGAGAAAUGUACAACCAAAAGUAGGUCCUGGAGAAGAUGGUAAAGCACACAUUUUAAGAGAUGAUCAACAAAACGACGUUCAACAAUCUGAAUCCGAUUAUGGUAUGAAUAUGGUAUGCUCUGAUGAAAUUUCCUUAGAUAGAUCAAUUCCUGACACUAGACCACCCGAAUGCAAACAUUGGAAUUAUCCAGUUGAUUUACCGAGAACAAGCGUUAUUAUAGUAUUUCAUAACGAAGGUUGGUCUGUAUUAAUGAGAACUGUACAUAGCGUAAUGAAUAGAACGCCAUCCAAAUUCUUGGAAGAAAUUCUUCUUGUUGAUGACUACUCUGAUAAAGAAAAUUUGAAGGGUGAUCUAGAAUCUUAUAUCGAACAAUGGGGAGGUAAAGUGAGAUUAAUUAGAAAUUCUGAAAGGCAAGGAUUGAUAAGAACAAGAUCGAGAGGUGCACGAGAAGCUAAGGGUGAAGUUAUCGUCUUCUUGGAUGCUCAUUGUGAAGUUAAUGUUAACUGGUUACCGCCGCUUUUAGCUCCAAUUGCAAUGAAUAGCAAUGUAAUGACAGUUCCUGUGAUCGAUGGUAUUGAUCAUAAAAAUUUUGCAUAUCGACCAGUAUAUCAAGCAGGACACUUGUAUAGAGGAAUUUUUGAAUGGGGAAUGUUGUACAAAGAAAAUGAAUUACCUAGGAGAGAAGCUAAAACUCGAGCGCACGACAGCAUGCCUUACAAAUCUCCUACUCAUGCUGGUGGUUUAUUUGCAAUAAAUCGUCAAUACUUUUUAUCGUUGGGUGGUUACGAUGAAGGAUUACUUGUAUGGGGUGGAGAAAACUUUGAAUUGUCUUUUAAAAUUUGGCAAUGUGGUGGGAGUAUUCUUUGGGUACCUUGCUCGCAUGUUGGACACGUGUACAGAGGUUUUAUGCCUUAUACAUUUGGCAAACUCGCUCAAAAGAAGAAAGGACCGUUGAUCACUAUUAACUAUAAAAGAGUGAUUGAAACUUGGUUUGAUGAGAAGCACAAAGAAUUCUUUUAUACCAGAGAACCGCUCGCAAGAUUACUCAAUCACGGUGACAUAACGGAACAAUUACUUUUUAAGGAACGAAAGAAGUGUAAAAGUUUCCAAUGGUACAUGGACAAUGUAGCUUACGACGUUUUAGAUAAAUUUCCAGAAUUGCCACCAAAUAUGCAUUGGGGAGAGUUAAGAAAUGGAGCAACUGGAGCAUGUUUGGAUACCAUGGGACAUGCACCUCCGAGUCUUAUGGCUACUUCAUAUUGUCAUAAUUAUGGAAAUAAUCAACUGAUUAGAUUAAAUUCAAAAGGUCAGCUAGGUGUUGGUGAACGUUGUAUCGAAGCUGAUGGGCAUGGAGUCAAAUUAGCAUUUUGUCGUUUGGGUACAGUUGAUGGACCCUGGCAAUAUGACGAAAAAACUAAAACUUUGUUACAUCGAGUUCAUAAAAAAUGUAUGGCACUUCAUCCUCAAACUCAACAGCUGUCGUUAAUGCCCUGUGAUGUGAAUAACACGUAUCAACAAUGGUCCUUCCACGAAAUUGAUCCACAUUGGUGAAUGUAUUUAAAUAUGAAUUUUUUAUGGGAUGUUUUACACGAAUCUUAUUUGACCUGCUACAGAUAAAUGAAAACGUGAUUAAUUGCUAAUUAAUUGUCAAAUUAAGUAGCGAUAUAUAUAUAUAUAUAUAUAUAUAUCUAAAAGGAAAAAUAAUUCUUUGUGAAAUCAUUUAGUAUAAUUCACAAAGCACAUAAACUAUGGAAAUGGUAUGCUAAGAGACAACAGACAAUAAGGUGCUGUAAAGUUCAGUCUUCUAUUUUAUAGUUCAAAUUUUUGUCACGUUUUUACACAAAUGGACAAAUUACAAAAAGACACUUUACAAAUCCGUAUAAUUGAAUAUUCUAAUUUAUUAUUUUUGUCCAUUUUGGAAAAACUAGAUUACUUAAAUGAGACUGCUCUUUAUAAGUAUGUAUAUGUAAUUUUGGGCAAUUGUUCCUUCCUACAGUGGCGAUUUUAUGCUCUUAAUGAAUGAAAUGUUCCACUAUGAACAUUAUCUUUAUACUAACACGACUAAUCAUUUACAAUAAUAUUAAAUAUAUUCUUAUUAAAUUUAUGAUUCUAAAAAACACUAUAGUUAAAAGUGUAAAAUUUAUAUCAAAAUUAUUUCAAAUU